AGGCGGGCGCUGUGCAUGGAGCCGGGCGCGCGCGUCCCCCUGCCUCCGGCCAGCUCGCGGGGAGGCUGCCGGCUGCGCUGCCGGUUGCGAGGCGAGAGCGAGCCGUCGGACCACCUCCAGGAGGACUUGCUCCUGCCCCCACGGGCCAGGUGCCUCCGCUCCGGGCACCCGCUGCUCCUGGAGCUCCUGUGCAGCCUCUGUGAGGAGAAGGAGCGAGAGACCUUUGUCCUGUGGAGCCUCGGCCUGGGCUCUUCGCAGCAGCAGAUGGAGAAGCUGUGGCGAUCCGAAGGGGGACCCCGAGGUGGCGCGGGGAGCAGCCGGGCCAAGAGGAACGUCAACGCCAGCCCUCAGUUCCAGAUGCCCGCCUACCAGGCUUCGGUGCCGGAGAACAGGCCGGCGGGGACCCCCGUGGUCAUGCUGCGGGCCCUGGACCCCGACGAGGGCGAAUGGGGCCGCUUGGACUACUCCAUGGAUGCCCUCUAUGACAGCCGCUCCAACAGCUUCUUUGCCAUUGACGCCCAGACGGGGGCCGUGACGACAGCUGAGGAGCUGGACCGGGAGACCAAGAGCACCCAUGUGUUCCGGGUGACGGCCACGGACCACGGCGUGCCACGCCGCACCGCCCUGGCCACCCUCAUGAUCACGGUGAGCGACACCAAUGACCACGAUCCGGUCUUUGAGCAGCAGGAGUACAAGGAGAGCAUGCGGGAGAACCUGGAGGUGGGCUACGAGGUGCUGACGGUGAGGGCCACGGAUGGGGAUGCCAGCCCCAACGCCAACAUCCUCUACCGCAUCCUGAAUGGGAACGGCUCCAACCGGAUCUUUGAGAUUGACCCCAAGUCCGGCGUCAUUCGCACCAAUGGCCUGGUGGACCGGGAAGCAGUUGAGGCCUACCAGCUGAUGGUGGAGGCCAACGACCAAGGCAAAGACCCGGGGCCACGCAGCACCACGGCCACGAUCCACAUCACGGUGGAGGAUGAUAACGACAACUCGCCGCAGUUCAGCGAGAAACGCUACGUGGUGCAGGUGCCCGAGAAUGUGGCCUCCAACACUCACAUCCUGCGGGUCAAUGCGACCGACCGGGACAAAGGCAGCAAUGCUCUGGUGCAUUACAGCAUCAUGAGUGGCAACACCCGUGGCCAGUUCUACAUCGAUGCCCAGACAGGUAAUAUUGAUGUCGUCAGCCAGCUUGACUAUGAGAUGAACAAGGAAUACACCCUCCGCAUUAGGGCCCAGGAUGGAGGAAGGCCCCCUCUUUCCAACAUCAGUGGGCUGGUGACCAUCCAGGUGCUGGAUGUCAAUGACAAUGCCCCCAUAUUUGUCAGCACCCCUUUUCAGUCUACGGUGCUAGAGAAUGUCCCUGUGGGCUACUCUGUCAUCCACAUCCAAGCCAUUGAUGCGGAUUCUGGGGAGAACGCUCGGCUCGAGUAUGCUCUGGUUGACACGAGCUCAGAUUUCCCCUUCACCAUCAAUAACAACACAGGCUGGAUUGUGGUGGCCUCUGAAUUGGACCGUGAAGCUGUGGACUUCUACAACUUCGGUGUUGAGGCCCGAGACCACGGUAGCCCCCCCAUGACCUCCUCGGCCAGUGUCAGCAUCACCGUCCUGGACGUCAAUGAUAACAAUCCUGAGUUUACUCAAAAGGAAUAUACCAUGAGGCUCAAUGAAGACGCUGCUGUGGGCACCAGUGUCCUUACGGUCUCUGCCAUUGACCGGGAUGUCAACAGUGUCAUCACCUACCAGAUCACCAAUGGGAACACCCGCAAUCGCUUCUCCAUAACCAGCCAGAGUGGUGGGGGUCUCAUCACCCUGGCCCUACCCUUGGAUUACAAAUUAGAGCGUCAGUACCUGCUUACCAUUACUGCUUCCGAUGGCACACGACUCGACACGGCCCAGGUUUUUGUGAAUGUGACGGAUGCCAACACACACCGACCAGUCUUCCAGAGCUCCCACUACACCGUUAACAUCAAUGAGGACAGGCCAGUGGGUACCACUGUAGUUAUUAUUAGUGCUACGGAUGAGGACACGGGGGAGAAUGCCCGCAUUACUUACUUCAUGGAAGACAGUAUCCCUCAGUUCAAGAUAGAUAUGGAUACUGGUGCUGUCACCACUCAGAUGGAGCUGGACUAUGAGGAUCAGGUGUCCUACACAUUGGCAAUUACAGCCCGGGACAAUGGUAUCCCCCAGAAAUCAGAUACUACCUACUUGGAGAUCCUAGUCAAUGAUGUAAAUGACAACGCACCUCAGUUCUUAAGGGAUAACUACCAAGGUUCUGUAUAUGAGGAUGUGCCAGCUUUCACGAGUGUCCUGCAGGUUUCUGCCACCGACAGAGACUCUGGGCUGAAUGGGAGGGUGUUCUAUACCUUCCAGGGUGGGGACGAUGGGGAUGGAGACUUCAUAAUUGAAUCCACAUCGGGCAUUGUUAGGACACUGCGCAGGCUGGACAGGGAGAAUGUCCCACUGUAUGAGCUUAGGGCGUAUGCUGUCGAUAAGGGCAUGCCAGCCACGAGGACCCCUAUUGAUGUCUAUAUCACUGUUCUUGACGUCAAUGACAACCCCCCUGUCUUUGAACAGGAUGAGUUUGACAUUUUUGUUGAGGAGAACAGCCCAAUUGGUUUAGUGGUGGCCCGGAUCACUGCCAGCGACCCAGAUGAGGGCACCAAUGCCCAGAUCAUGUAUCAGAUAGUGGAAGGCAACAUUCCCGAGGUCUUUCAACUUGACAUCUUUUCCGGAGAGCUGACGGCAUUGAUGGAUUUGGAUUAUGAGGCCAAGUCUGAGUAUGUCAUUGUGGUCCAGGCUACUUCAGCACCACUCGUCAGCCGGGCCACUGUGCACGUCCGUCUGCUGGACAAGAAUGACAACAUCCCUGUCUUGAAGAAUUUUGAGAUCCUCUUCAAUAACUAUAUCACCAACAAGUCCAGCAGUUUCCCCACGGGUGUGAUUGGCAGAAUCCCAGCCUAUGACCCGGAUGUCUCCGAUACGCUUACCUAUAGCUUUGAGCAAGGCAAUGAACUGAGGCUGGUGCUCCUGAACCACAGCACUGGAGAGCUACGUCUGAGCAGGGCCUUGGAUAACAACAGGCCUUUGGAAGCGAUCAUGAGAGUAUCUGUGUCAGAUGGGAUCCACAGUGUGGCGGCCCAGUGCACUCUCCAGGUGACCAUCAUCACCGACGAGAUGCUGACCAACAGCAUCACUCUGCGGCUGGAAAACAUGUCCCAGGAGCGCUUCCUCUCCCCGCUGCUGGCCCUCUUCCUGGAAGGGGUGGCGGCCGUGCUGUCUGCUUCCCGCGACCACGUCAUCCUUUUCAACAUCCAGAACGACACGGAUGUACAGGCCACCCAAAUCCUUAACGUCAGCCUCUCCGUGCUGCUGCCAGACGGGGCCCACGGCGGGCGCUACAUCCCCUCCGAGGACCUGCAGGAGCGGCUGUACCUCAACCGCACACUCUUGGCCGCCAUCUCGGAGCAGCGAGUCCUGCCGUUUGACGACAACAUUUGCCUGCGGGAGCCCUGCGAGAAUUACAUGCGCUGCGUCUCGGUGCUGAAGUUUGACAGCUCGGCACCCUUCAUUGCCUCUGACACCAUUCUUUUCCGCCCCAUCCACCCAGUCAAUGGUCUCCGCUGCCGCUGCCCGCUUGGCUUCACAGGCGACUACUGCGAGACCGAGAUUGACCUCUGCUAUUCCAACCCCUGUGGUAGCAAUGGGCACUGCCGGAGCCGCGAGGGAGGAUAUACCUGCGAGUGCCAAGAGGGCUACACAGGGGAGAACUGCGAGGUGAACUCCCGCCUGGGUCGCUGCACCCCGGGGGUCUGCAAGAACGGCGGCACCUGCGUCAAUCUCCUGGUGGGCGGGUUCAAGUGUGACUGCCUGUCAGGAGACUACGAGAAGCCCUACUGCCAGAUGAGGACCCGCAGCUUCCCGGCCCACUCCUUCCUCACCUUCAAGGGACUGCGACAGCGAUUCCAUUUCACCAUCGCCCUCACGUUUGCCACUAAGGAACGGGAUGGGCUGCUCCUCUACAACGGGCGCUUCAAUGAGCGACAUGAUUUCGUCGCCCUGGAGAUUGUACAGGAGCAAGUUCAGCUGACUUUCUCAGCAGGAGAGUCAACAAGCACGGUAGCCCCGUUCAUCCCUGGGGGCGUGAGCGAUGGGCAGUGGCACACCGUCCACCUGCACUACUACAACAAGCCUAUCGUGGGGAUGUCUGGAGUUCCUCAGGGGCCCUCUGACCAGAAGGUAGCUGUGGUGACAGUGGAUGACUGUGACACUUCCGUGGCCUUGAAGUUUGGUUCCAUGCUGGGAAACUAUUCUUGCUCAGCUCAAGGGACACAGUCAGGCACCAAGAAGUCCCUGGAUCUGACAGGUCCACUGUUGUUAGGUGGCGUUCCUGACCUGCCCGAGAGCUUCCCAGUACGGAACCGGCACUUUGUAGGCUGUAUUCGGGACUUCCUGAUUGAUAACCGAGAGGUGGACAUGGCUGACUUCAUUGCCAACAACGGGACGGUGCCAGGCUGUUCAGCCAAGAAGAACGUCUGUGACAGCAACACUUGCCACAACGGUGGCACGUGUGUCAACCAGUGGAACACCUUCAGCUGCGAAUGUCCCCUGGGUUUCGGAGGCAAGGACUGCAAGCAAGAAAUGGCAAACCCCCAACGCUUCCUGGGCAACAGCAUGGUCAUCUGGAACAACUUGGCCUUGGUCAUCACACUUCCAUGGCACAUUGGACUCAUGUUCCGUACCCGGCAGAGCAACGGCAUCCUCCUGCAUGCGGCAGCCGGGCAGCAUUCUACCAUCACCUUGUGGCUGAGCGAAGGGAACGUGCUGAUGACUGUGUACCGUGCCAACAGCCGGGUCUCUGCCCUGCGGCUGCACCAGGUGAAGGUGAACGAUGGGGACUGGCAUCACAUGCAACUGGAGCUGCGCAGCAGCAGGGACAACCCAGAAGCCCAGUGCUUAGCCACAAUGGCCUUUGACUACGGCUUGCAUCAGGUGGCAAUCAACAUCAGCAGCGAGCUGCACGGACUCAAAGUGCGGAACCUGAGCGUUGGCGGCAUUCCUGGGGAGCAGGGCGAAGUGCAGCAAGGCUUCCGUGGCUGCAUGCAGGGUGUAAGGAUGGGUGAGACUUCAGCCAGUGCUGUGGCUCUGAAUGUGAACCAGGCUGAGAAGGUGAACGUGGAACGUGGCUGCAGUAUCCCGGAUCCCUGUGACUCCAACCCCUGCCCUGUCAACAGUUACUGCAAUGACGAUUGGGACAGCUACUCCUGCAGCUGUGACCCAGGCUACUAUGGUGACAGUUGUGCCAAUGUCUGCUCACUCAACCCUUGUGAGCAUCAAGCCGUGUGCGCCCGCAAGCCCAGCUCCUCCCAUGGCUACACCUGCGAGUGUCUGGACAACUACUUUGGGCCAUACUGCGAGAACAAGCUUGCUCAGCCCUGCCCACGGGGAUGGUGGGGGCACCCUAUAUGUGGACCCUGCAAUUGUGAUGUCAGCAAAGGAUUUGACCCUGACUGCAACAAAACCAACGGAGAGUGUCACUGCAAGGAGAACCACUAUCGACCAGGGGACAGUGGCAUGUGCUUGCUCUGUGAAUGCUACGCCACAGGCUCUCUCUCUCGCACUUGUGACGCUGAGACUGGGCAGUGCUCCUGCAAACCGGGCGUGAUUGGGCGCCGAUGUGACCGCUGCGACAACCCCUUUGCAGAAGUCUCCACCAAUGGCUGUGAAGUGAAUUAUGAUAGCUGCCCACGUGCCAUCGAAGCAAACAUUUGGUGGCCACGCACCCGCUUUGGCUUGCCUGCAGCUGCACCUUGCCCCAGAGGAUCUGUCGGCACUGCUGUGCGCCACUGCGAUGAACACAAGGGCUGGCUGGCACCCAACCUCUUCAACUGCACCUCGCUGACUUUUGCAGCUCUCAAGGGUUUUGCCGAGAGGUUGUGGCGGAACGAGUCCAUCUUGGACACGGAGCAGUCUCAGCGGGUGGCUCUCCAGCUUCGCAACGCCACGCAGAACACGGCCAGCUUCUUUGGCAGUGACAUCAAGGUGGCCUAUCAACUCUCAGCUCAGCUCCUGAAGCAUGAAAGCACCCAAGAAGGCUUUGGCUUGGCUGCAACACAGGACGUGCACUUCACGGAGAACCUGCUCAAGGUGGGCAGCACACUGCUGGACAAUGGCAACAAGCGCCACUGGGAGCUGAUCCAGCAGUCAGAGGGUGGCACGGCACAGCUGCUCAAGAAUUUUGAAGAUUACGCCAGCACUCUGGCCCAGAACAUGCGCAAGACGUACCUGAACCCCUUCACCAUAAUCACACCCAACAUCGUUAUUUCUGUAGUGAGGCUGGAGAAAAUGAACUUUGCUGGCGCAAAGCUGCCUCACUAUGAGGCACUCCGAGGCGAGAAACCUGCAGACCUAGAGACUACCGUCAUCCUGCCUGAAAGUGUCUUCAAAGCUCCAGAGAGCAAACAACCUUCUAUGGCCAAUGCCAAGCAUCUCCCUGGUGAGGAAGAAGAACCUGCCCUGAUGACAAGACAGAAGAGGCACCCAGAUCUGAAUGAGGGACAGGCCAUUGCCAGUGUGAUCAUCUAUCGCACACUGGCUGGUCUGCUUCCAGAGCAGUAUGACACAGAUAAACGGAGCCUGAGAGUCCCCAAGCGGCCCAUCAUCAACACUCCCGUGGUGAGCAUCAGCAUCCAUGACAACGAUGCCCUGAUGCAGAGGGCGCUUGAGAAGCCCAUCACGGUGCAGUUCCGGCUGUUGGAAACCGAGGAGCGGACCAAACCUAUCUGCGUCUUCUGGAACCACUCCAUUCUGGUCAGUGGGACUGGUGGCUGGUCAGCCAAAGGCUGUGAGGUUGUCUUCAGGAACGAGACCCAUGUCAGCUGCCAGUGUAACCACAUGACCAGCUUUGCUGUGCUGAUGGACAUUUCUCGCAGAGAGAAUGGUGAGAUCCUGCCCCUGAAGACCAUAACCUACGCCUCCAUUGCUGUGACGCUGGGCAGCCUCUUGCUCACGUUCCUCUUCCUUGCUGGCCUGCGGUCCCUGCGAUCCAACCAGCAAAGCAUUCGCAAGAACCUCGUGGUGGCCCUGUUCCUCUCUGAGCUCAUCUUCCUGCUGGGCAUCAAUCAGGCUGACCUUCCAUUUGCCUGCACGGUCAUUGCCAUCCUGCUGCACUUCUUGUACAUGUGCACCUUUGCCUGGGCGCUGCUGGAAGCGCUGCACAUCUACCGCAUGCUGAGCGAGGUGCGCGAUAUCAACUAUGGCCCCAUGCGCUUCUACUACAUGGUCGGAUGGGGCGUGCCAGCAUUCAUCACAGGACUUGCUGUGGGCCUGGACCCUGAAGGCUAUGGGAACCCAGACUUCUGCUGGCUCUCCAUCUAUGAUACACUGAUUUGGAGCUUCGCUGGACCCAUUGUUUUUGCUGUUGCGAUGAGUGUCUUCCUCUACAUCCUGGCCACCAAGGCCACUUGUGCUGCUCAGCAACAGGGUUUUGAGAAGAAGGGGACAGUCUCCGGCCUGCGCUCAGGCUUCAUCUCCCUGCUGCUGAUCAGCGUCACCUGGCUGCUGGCCCUGCUGUCUGUCAACAGCGACGCCAUACUUUUCCACUACCUCUUUGCUGGCUUCAACUGCCUCCAGGGGCCCUUAAUCUUCAUCCUCUGUGUCCUCUUGUGCAAAGAAGUGAGGAAGGCUCUCAGAUCUAGUUGUGGCAAGAAGCACGGCACAGACCCCACAUUCACCACCAAAUCUACCUUGACAGCGGCUUAUAACUGCAACAACACCUAUGUUGAUGGUCAGCUGUACCACACGCCCUUUGGAGACUCCACUGGUUCCUUGCACAGCACUGUCCGCUCCGGCAAGAGUCAGCACAGCUACAUCCCUUUUGUGCUCAGGGAGGAAUCUGGCUUGAACAACAGCCAGUUGCACAUUGGGCCUCCAGAUCCCAGUUCACUUUUCCUGGAAGCUAAGGAUCAGAACAACGAGCGUGACACUGACUCAGACAGUGACCUCUCCCUGGAGGAUGACCAGAGUGGCUCGUACGCUUCCACCCAUUCCUCUGACAGUGAGGAGGAUGAAGAAUUCCCUAGGGAGCCCUGCUGGGAAAACUUGCUGUGCCCCAACAAUGAGAAGCUACCAGCACACAGCACUCCAAAGGUGGACAACCUCGCUGGCCCUGGGAAACCUUACUGGCCAGGUGACUUUGUGACCACUGCUAGCGAGAGUGAUGGGCAUGUUGGCUCAGAGAAGCUGCGUGUGGAGCCCAUGGGAAAGAACGACCGGCUGGGGCCCACAGAGGAGAUGCCCAGAGAGAAUGGGGAAACACAGACCAGGGAUGGCAUCUUGGGGUCGCUGCCUCACCCCACAGCCCAGCCCCAGAAAGGCAUCCUCAAGAAGAAGUGCUUGCCGCCCAUCAGCGAGAAGAAUAGCAUCCAGCGCAUCCACAACAAGCUCUCCAGCUGCCGCUCAGGGAUGGUGUCAUCGCACGGCUCUUCGGGGAGCGACGGCAGCCGUGGGGGAGGGCCCCCGCGCCCCCGCCAGACGCUGCAGGAGCAGCUCAAUGGCCUUACGCCCAUCACCAUGAGCAUAAAGACUGGCACAGUGGAUGAGGACUCUUCGGGCUCCGAGUGACCGAGGCUUCCGAGCACAGGGAACUGGGUGCAGCCCUUGGUCCUUGCUGGUCUACCAAAUCAUCUAGAACAAAAGCUGCAUGUGCUGCUCAACUUUAGACACAUGGAACAAUCAGAACCAAUUCAGAAAUGGACUAGGAGAGGCAACAAGAGAAGCUUACCCUCUCAGACUUUGCAUUGCUAACUCCAAGCGAGAGCAAGCAAUGUCCCGGAUCUCUAGACUCCAGUGAAGUAUCUGCAGAAGUCGAGGAAUACCUUCUGUGGUGCUGAAUUAUGGUUUGGAGGGAGGACCAACAGUUACUGAUACCAUGUCUUCCAUAACACCGUCCCCUCCCACAGGAAAAGCUGGAUGCAUCUCUUCCUGCCAGCAUUUGCCAAAUAUUUUCUCUUUCAAGGUUACACGACAAGCAGCUAGCCAGCAGGUGCAGCCAUUCCUAUUACCGAAGCUGCAUACGAGGGAAAAGCUUCACCUGCUACCUUUUUCGCUUGCCAUGAGACCAGGAAAGACACAGGAGUUGUACUGGGGGGGGGGGAGCUUUCAACCUGCUCCCCACCCCAAUCCCUACAGUACCUCUAACCUAAGGUUUUAGUCUGCAACCCCCAUGCACAGAAUAGUCUACCGUAACUUCCUAUGCAAGCUCUUUCUCACGUGGAGAAAGCGCUAACUGAACAGAUCUGAAAAGCAGUAUUGAGGAAAGAAUUAUUCAGCACAAGCUCUCUCGAAGCAGCUGUUAACUUCUAGAACAAACUGUCUUCUGCCCCAUUACUCUGUCCAAGACGGGGCAGAAUUGGAGUGGCAAGGGCAUGUCCCUCCAUUUGUGACCAAGUGUUCAUGAAACCUUUAAAAGCACCAGAGAUUGAGGAGGCAGCAGCUCCUAGACGAAGCACCAUGCAAAAACUCAGCUUCUGCUCCAUUACUGCAAUUUGCAAAAUCUUUUUGAGUCUUAAAUCUGCCGUCCACAGAGAACCAGUUUUGCCCAUCUGUAGAAUUUAUGUGUUUGGCGUGUCUGCAUUUUAAUUUAUUUUUUUUACUGUUAUCUUUUUGAUGUGUAUUCUUAUAUUUACUGGCAACUAUCUGCCUGCUGCUGUGCCAUCCUAGGGGAAGGGCUGGGACAAAUUAAGAGAGUUAAGGGGGGGUGGAGAGAAAACCACCACCUAAGUCCUUCGAACCAGAAGUGUUACGUUAAAAGGUAUGUGAAGUCAGGAAACGUCUAGGGAAGUGCAUGGAGAAGAACCCUACUCCUGGUUAAUCAUCUUAAGAUGCAUCAUAUAGAAGGCACAGCCUGCCACAUGGAUCUUCCACCUGGGAGGUUAGGGAGGGAUUGGGAACCAGCGACUCUACAGAUGCCACUGGACUCUGCCUCAUCCCUUACCGUUGGCCAUGCUGGCUGGGGCUGGUGGGAGCUGGAGCCCAGCAACAUCCCUGUUCCUGCACUAAAUGAACCAUAUAAUAGGAGUCAAGAGUCUGAAUGAACCGGCACCUGCAGUGAAGUUGCAUUUGCUGCAGACUUUGGCUCUGCUCCUUUGCGCAGCUCACCACAUCCUUCACUUCCCAGCCAACGAGCAGCCACCACCGUCCCAACCUGAGCACAUGUCCUUGUGGACUCAGUGUGUCAAUAUUAGCUCCAAAGCAGCUGACUUGUCAAUCCGCCACCUUCCUCUGCAAUAGCCAAUGGGGUCAUUUUCAGCAGAGCUCAACCAGAGCCAGAUACAGUUGCCCCCUUUAGCUGGUAGGACACCAGUGCCUUGGAUUGCUGCACGACAGACAGCAAUUCAACAGACUUCUUUUCUGUUAUUGUAUCUUCAGGCUGGAAGAAGGGAAUGCUACAACUGUUGGAUUUCUGCCUGCCAGGUAGCUAUUGAAGGUGCUGAAGCAUUACCAGGAAAGAAUGGCAACUCUACUUUUCCCUACGAAGCCUAGCUCUUCUCCCUUUUAGCAAGCCAGGGUGUAGGGGGGAGAUCAGAGGGGGGAAAUGUGGUGAUUUCACCUUUUGGAGGAACAAAAUGUUUUCACGACUGCUGUGAUGCUGGCUCUUCCCUGGAAACAAAAUAGUUGAAGUGUACAGGUAGGGUUGUUAAUGUAAAUACUGUAGGGUUCAUUCCCCUUACCUACUAAACAAUAAAACCAUAGUUCUGUG